AUGAUCCUACCAAAAAGGCAGACUGCUACUGGUCUGGCAGUGCUAAAUUGGAUGAAUCUGGCUAUGCCUGCUGCAUCCAUGGCCACCUCCACAGCCCGUUCGGCACUUGUGUCCACUCCUGGCGAUGUGGCUGCGAUUCCGACGUGGGACAUUCAGUCGACCGCGAAGAUCACCAUAGACCCGGCAACACUUUCGAAACCGGGUACGAUGCAGGGCAGCGAGGGCAUGUCGUCGUGGUACCAUAUUCCUGUAUCCCGCUGCACGAUCAUGGGCUGUCUCUUGGAGGCAGGCAUCUAUGACGACACCCAUCUGUUCUUCUCAGACCACAUGGCAGCAAUUGACCAGCGCCAGUUUCAGGUGCCGUGGUUCUACCGAAGCGAGUUUUUCUUAAAUGCGAACGCGACACCCAACACACACUAUCUGCUGGAGACAAAUGGCGUCACGUCCAGUGCCGACAUCUUCAUCAAUGGACAGCAGAUUGCCGAUCGUUUCGAGCAGGUCGGCGCAUACGGUGGCUACGUAUAUGAAGUAACGGACGCGGUGGGUGAAGACAACGCUAUCGUGGUCCGGGCAUAUCCAACAGAUUACGACCGUGACUUUGGCCUUGGCUUCGUCGACUGGAACCCAUACCCACCGGACAACGGGACGGGCGUCUGGCGCAAUGUGACAAUGCGGCAAACCGGGUCGGUUGCUAUCGAGUCGACAAGCGUGAUGACUGCAUUUUCGGGGUCGUCGCAAGAAGUGGACGAGCCGGUCAGCGGUACUGUGACGAUCCAGGUCACCGUGCGAAAUCUCGAGAACACGUCGCCAGUGCAUCUGGACAUGGCUGCAAUUGUGAAACGGGACAAUGGCACGGAAGAGCAGGUGGUGAAGCUGGUGUUGCCAGCCCCUAGCACGUCCCCCAUCAAGCUGAUGGCAGGACAUGCGAUACAAUUGACAUUGGAGACAGAGAUCAGUGCUCCAGCAGUGUGGUGGCCACGGCAAUGGGGCAAUCAGCCGCUGUACCAGGCACACCUGAGGGUAUUCGCCGGAGGCCAUUUAUCUGACACUGUGUCUAUGACCUUUGGGUUUCGGCAGGUCACGGCGGAAGUUGGCAGUUCAGGCGACAUCUUGUUCGAAAUCAACCGGCGGCCCUUUCAGGUGUUGGGAGCUGGUCUCAACCCAGACCUGUUUCUGCGGUGGGACGAGGCUCGCUUCACAAACGAGGCGCUCUACGCUCUCGAUAUGGGCCUCAACACACUACGACUGGAGGGAAAACUGGAGCAGCCAGAGCUGUACGCAGUGGCAGACCGACUGGGUAUAAUGGUUCUUGCUGGGUGGGAGUGCUGCGACAAAUGGGAGACAUGGUCACACAACAACAACUUGGAGCAGCCGGUGAUUGCGUGGACAGAUGCAGACUACGCCACGGCCAACGCCAGCAUGCGACACGAGGCAGCGAUGAUGCAGGCACAUCCCAGCAUGUUGUGCUUCAUGAUAGGCAGUGACUACUGGCCGGACGACCGGGCAACGGCGCUGUACAUGGCAAGACUGGCCGAUGCCGGCUGGCAGGCGCCCGUUGUGUCUUCCGGUGCCAGAAUUGGCUUUCCGCUGGCCUUAGGGCCCGCGGGAAUGAAGAUGACGGGGCCAUACGACUGGGUUCCACCACGUUACUGGUACGACGUGGUUCCACCAGACGACCAUAUCCGCCACGGAGCGGCCUUUGGCUUUGGCAGUGAGCUGAGCUCCGGGGCAGGCACACCGGAGGUGUCGAGUCUUUGCCGAUUCCUGUCGGAGGCCGACUUGGACGACUUGUGGAGAGCCCCGGACAAGGGUCUCUACCACAUGUCGACAGCCAGCUCGUCUUUCCAUAACCGCAGCAUCUACAACACAGCGCUGUGGAAACGCUACGGCCCGCUGACAUCCCUCGAGAAUUAUGUGAUGCUUGCACAGAUGGCUGACUACGAGGCCACACGAUCCGAGUUUGAGGCUUUCGAGGCUUAUUGGACACCUGAUAAAGACGACAGCCGCCCGGCAACCGGUAUGGUUUACUGGAUGCUUAACGCGGCCUGGCCGGCCUUGCACUGGGCCCUGUUCGACUACUACCUGCUUCCAGGAGGCGCCUAUUUUGGUGUCAAGGCCGCUGCUAGUCGCCUAGAGCAUGUUGUCUAUGACUACGUCCGCCACUCGGCCGUAAUUGUUAAUCGAUCCAUCGAUCGCGGAGGUCUCCGUUCUGUUCAUUCUGAGCUCCUUGAUGGCUCUGGCCAGAUCCUCGCCACUAAGACCACUCGCCACGGUGCCCUUAACUCGAUACCCAACACCAGUCAGGUCGCCCUAGACAACAUCCUGGGGGUAGCAGAAUUGACAGAGGUCGUUUUAUUAAAGCUCACGCUGACAGACGAAGACACCAGCAAAAAUCUCAGCCGCAGUGUUUAUUGGCUCGGACCUGGCGAUGACGCCCUCGACUGGGACGCGUCCACUUGGUUCUGCACUCCCACAAUCACGUACACGAGUUUCAGCGGACUGGACACGCUUGCACCAGCGAACGUGAUUGUGGAGUUACAAAAGGCGACAGACGACGGCUGCCACAACAUCACGCUUGAAAAUCAAUCGGAUGUGCCUGCCGUCUUUGUGCACCUGCGUCUCGUGGAUGCCGCCGAUGCCGAUGUCACACCAGUGUAUUGGUCUGACAACUACGUAACGCUUUGGCCGCGGGAGAUACUGCAGCUAGCACUGGAGGAGAUGCCGCAGUCUGGUGCGGUGUCCCAGGGCGCAGCCAUUCAUAUGAGUGGGAUGAAUGUGGCGGCUGCAGUGGUUUCGUUGUGCACUUUUGGCAUGACGUUGGCUAAAUCAAAUGUGGAAGAAAUGGCACUUUUCUAA